CUUUGUCAAUCAGUUAACCAAAUCAUGGGGGGAUCAGAGGUUGGUCGUGUUAAUUAACACCUCGCCCGGGGCAGUUCCUCUGCAGAAGUCAACGGGAUGACAACGUUCUCCAACGGCGAAGAAUUCGACUUUAGCAAGUGGGACUUCCCGGCGGAGCGCAUCUGGCUGCACAAGCCCGAUGUCGAGAUCACCUGGAAGAUCUGCACCUUUGUGCCCCUGAUAGCCUUCGGUUUGUAUGGCAACAUUGUAAUGGUCUAUCUGAUAGUCGCCAAUCGAUCCCUGAGAACGCCCACGAACAUGAUCAUUGCCAACAUGGCAGUGGCCGAUCUGCUCACGCUGGCCAUCUGCCCUGCCAUGUUCAUGUUGAACGACUUCUACCAGAACUAUCAGUUGGGCUGCGUCGGCUGCAAGCUGGAGGGCUUCCUGGUGGUGGUCUUCCUCAUCACAGCGGUCCUCAAUCUCUCAGCUGUUAGCUACGAUCGCCUGACCGCCAUCGUCCUGCCCAGGGAGACCCGUCUCACAACGAGGGGCGCCCAAAUAGUUCUCGUUUCCACCUGGAUAUCGGGCAUCCUGUUGGCCUCACCCUUGGCCUUCUACCGGUCCUACAGGGUGCGCAUCUGGAAGAACUUCACCGAGCGGUACUGCAAGGAGAACACUGUGGUUUUGCCAAAGUACUGGUACGUGCUGAUCACCAUUCUGGUGUGGCUUCCCCUGGGCAUCAUGCUCAUCUGCUACAUAGCCAUUUUCUACAAGCUGGAUCGCUACGAGAAGCGCCUCAGGAGCCGCGAAAAUCCUCUGACGGUCAGCUACAAACGGAGUGUGGCCAAGACCCUCUUCAUCGUGGUGGUGGUCUUUGCUGCCCUCCGGCUUCCCUUCACCAUUUUGGUGGUGCUACGGGAGAAGUACUAUGACGAGGAUAUAUCCGUGAGCAGUGGUAUGCAGCUCUUCUGGUACAUCUCCCAGUACUUGAUGUUUCUCAAUGCCGCCGUCAACCCGCUCAUCUACGGAUUCAACAACGAGAACUUCCGUAGGGCCUACAACCAGAUCUCUUGGGUCCGACGAUGCCGAGAAACCACAAAGCUAAGGAGGGAAUCGAAUCCUGAAGACCACUGUUGCUAUUGUGCGUUUAUGAAGAAGGGGAAAGCUUCCAUUAAAAAAGCGGUGGAACCUCAACAGCCCAAGACUGUGGAAGUAGACUUGAGCAGGGAGUUGUCCACCGAAAGUUAUCCGACGACCAAGGCCACGGAAAGGAUACGGGACGAACCUGGAGACAACCUUGUGCCAGAGAUCGAAGCUGAUGGGUUUAUCUGAGUA